AUGGAAGGUCAUAGAGCUUGUGACUCAGUAGUGGUCACACAGCUGGCCAUUUCCACGGAGGAAAAGGAAUCCUAUCAUAUUUCCGCUAUCCAGAAUCUCCACUCUUUUGACCCUUUUGCUGAUGCAAGGAAAGGUGAUUAUCUGCUUCCUCCUGCCGCUGAGGAUUAUAUCCAUAUAAGAAUUCAACAGAGAAAUGGCAGGAAGACCCUUACCAUUGUCCAGGGGACUGCCAGUUAUGAUAAAAAGAAACCAUUAAGGGUGUUUAAGAACAAAUUUGCCUGCAGUGACACUGUAAUUGAGCCUUCAGAAUAUGGAGAAAUAAUUCAGCUACAGGAUGACCAGCGCAAGAACAUAUACCAGUUCCUCAUAGAGACUGGACUGGCUAAGGACGACCAGCUUAAGGCUCAUGGUUUUACUUUCCUGGAUUCUGAUAGAAGAGAACGGGAUAGGACAGUGGGAAAAAGUGAAUCAACAAUGAUAUCUCAGAGACACAAGUCAAGCAAGCCACAGAAAGCGAUGGUGUUGAAGGUGACUCAGCUGAAAGAUGCUAACCAUUGCAUAGCAUCAGGGCUUGCCAGAGAGGUUGCCGCAAAUUAA